GGAGGAGGAGGAUGGGACACUGCUGAUGCUGAUGCGAGAGCAUUCGCCGUCUGUGAUCAACAUCGGUGGUACCGACUGCCAAACGAUGGAGCUCCUUGGCCUCAUUUCACCCCUCGCUCGUUUCGCUGUGGUUUUCGACGAGGGCCGCUGAGACGGACGUGUUUUUGGGACGGGAACGAUUGAGGAAUUUGAGGAGGAAAGAGCGGUUUCGUCUCGUCAUUCGUCUGGCCUGUCUUCUCACUGACACAGGUGGAUUUGCCGCUGGAAAAACGGCGUCGACAUGAAGAAUUAAUACCGGACCGAGGCGACAAUUUCCGUAAUUACGUCUUAAACCGUGACAUACUGAAGCUCAUAUUAUUGUUUCAUUUAUGUGAGAAGGGACGAAGGUGGACCGUUUGGCGUGUAAGCUAGCUAAUAGGCUAAUUUUCGCUAGCUAGUCAGUUAGCAGCUCCGGUGUCCAAUGGCACGAAAGAAGUGGGAUGCUCGAAGGAGGAGUUAACGGUAGUUGCUAGCAUAAAUUCAUUUGAGGGAAAGAUAGUCGGUGUUACAUGUGGUAGCCCGAUUUAUAUUGGAGACUUAAUUCACAGCUUGAGGUUAAUUAAGGUCUGAGUCGCGGUGUUUCCACCGUUUCCUCGCAGCGCUGUCGGCUUCUCAGCAAAUUAGCCUGCGAUGGAUACGGUUAGAUAAUCGGCUAAGAAAGCUAAUGUUGACAAACACUCGUGACUCGACGCGUUAAUUCUUAACUUUAUAGUGCGGCUCUUUGGCAGAGAUGCUGCCGGUUGUGUUUAUCGAUUCAGCUCCGAGACGUUAUUUCGGUGAUUUAGCAGCUUCCUGGCCGUAGUGAAGCAUGUUGACGUUGGAUGUGCUCAAGCUAAAACGUUCGGCAACAACAACCAGGACUGGACCUGCCAUGACAGGAGGGGACAUAGUGAGUCAAGACACACUCAAAUCAUAACCUGUAAGGAUGAAAAAUUAACAUGAUUGCUAAAUUUAGGUAACGUUGUUGUCGAGAUGUGGCUGGCAGAAGUUCAACCUACAGUUACAGUUUGUUAAACCGUUGUUAGACUGACGACUCAUCUUCUUUACAUUGUUUUUUAUUAAAUCACAAUAUCUGUCAGCGUCUUUUAACUGUUUACACGUGAACAUGAUUGUACGAAGUCCACACUUGGUUUAUGGUUUCAUUGAAGACGUGUAGUGCCAUAUAAAAGCAUGGCAUUAAACCUGACGAGCUGGAUCUUGACUACAGCAGUGAGAUAAAAACGUCUGAAGCUCUCUAAAGUUUACAGGAGGAGGACUAAGCCAGUCUAAAUGGAACCGACAGUUCUGUCUGGCCCUCUGGGGCACACACAGUGGGAGUCAGAACAGCCAUUUCCUCUUGGAUUUCAAACACUGGAUUCAGACAAUGGAGGUGUGCCCUGUCAAAGCCAGAGUGGUCAGACAGGUUUGGAUUUCAGGAACCAGGAUAAGACAUCCCACCAAAGUGAAGCAGGAAAGGUGGACAAACCGGUAGAGUUGGACAAGCUCAUAAAUCAGUUGUCUUGUGGAGAAUUGCAGUUUGAGGGAGAUCACUCCCCUGUUUCCCAAGCUUCCCUCCAUAUAGAGGAAUUGUCUUACACAGAAAAAAAUGAGAGACUUGAUGAAAUCAGUGACUGCACUUUAUCGUGGCUAUUUUCUCCCAACUUUCCUGAUGUGAUUGGGAAAAAUUCUGCCUUGAAGGAGCUGAAUCUUACACAGGAUUCCCCUAUUGAGGACUCAGAUGUGCACAGUGGUCAGGCUGAGCUAAUAAACCUCAGUGUGCCCUCUUCUCCGGUGAAGAUUUCUCAAAGGAAUUCUGAGACAAAAGCAGGAGAUCCAUUUUUAUUAGUAGAUUUCCUCUCUGAUCAACACCCAUGUCUCACCCCAGAGUCUAUAGGUGAGUUGGACCCACAGGGUGUCACUGAAGAGGCAACAGACCUGUCACGAGACGAGCAAGCGGGCCCCCCUCCCUCACAGAGUACGGAGACUUUGUCACCUGAAAUUGGAGACAAAGGUUCAUUCCCUGAUCAAGUGACUGAUCUACUUGUAACCAUUCGCAAUACCCUGCAAGGUUUACCUGACAGCUGCCUCCCGCAUAACCACAUCAGCACACCACUGGAGUGUUUUGAAGGAUCUGUGCCUUUGUUGGAUUUUGAGGUUCCAGAUAUCGACAGCAGUCUGAGUUUGUGCCCUGCUAGUCCUGCCUCUGUCAUCUGCCCAGACACUCCAUUAGAUGUAUCAACAGAGGAGUCAGAGGUGGUACAUGCAGAAGCUACUGUAACUGAAAAUCUUACUUCAGAACAACAAGGUGAGAGUGACUCACUUGCUCUGCAUUUGUCAGACAAAACUUCAUCACUGACACUGCCUCCAGCUGAAGAUGCUCUCAUUCAGGGUGAUUUCACCAGCGAGAGAUGCCCUGUGGAGAACGUGUCUAAGGAUUUGACGGAAGACGAAAUUUUUUCUGAAGCCAAAAAUCAGGGGACGAAGGAAAUGGCUUUGGAUCCGUGCUUGACUGUUGAAGAAGUCCAUGAUGAAGAAUCUUGGGACUUGAAACCGUCAGAGGAUGCACAGAGUGGAGGUGUUCCUGAUCUGACAGUUGAGCAGAGGGAAGAGGAGAGUCCGGCUAACGCCAACCAGCUGGAGCUUUCAGAUUGUAAUGAAGUAGCGUCUUUUGAUUUUUCAGUUCAGGACUUGAACACCUCUUCUCCUGAGGCUGGAUGGACUAGUGAGCAAGCUGUGGCGACACUUUCCCUCUCCAAGAUGGUGGUAGAUGACUCACUGCCAAUGGUCUCAGCUGUGAAUACGAGGGAGGAAGAUGUCUCCCCGCUAAAAGCUGUCUUCGAUGCUUUAGACCAAGAUGGAGAUGGCUUCGUUCGCAUCGAGGAGUUUAUGGAGUUUGCUGCUGCCUACGGGGCCGAUCAGGUGAAGGAUCUUACCAAAUUUUUGGAUCCCAGUGGCCUCGGAGUGAUCAGCUUCGAAGACUUUCAUCGUGGAAUCUCUGCAAUUAGCAACGGUGGACCAGAGCCACAGCUCUACAAUGUAAACUACAGUCCAGGGGAUGGAGCUGUGGGCUGUCCAGAGGAGUACGAUGAGCAAAAUGAGGUGACAGACAGUGCAUACCUGGGCUCCGAGAGCACUUACAGUGAGUGUGAGACCUUCACUGAUGAAGACACGGGGGUCCUCGUACCACCUGAGAUGCAUGAGGAUGUGGAGACUGACAGCGGCAUCGAGGCGACGCUGCACGACCCUGAAGAUGGAGGAAAUAGGUUUUCUCUGAACUCUGAGCUCCAUAACCACUCCCUGGUCACUGUCAUCGGUGGGGAGGAGGAACACUUUGAGGACUUUGGGGAAAGUAAUACCUCAGAGCUGCUUCUAGAGACCAGCGUGGAAGGGCCAGAGGGGGAGGGUGACUCACCUCUCACACAGCCCCCUGAGCAGGUCAAUGGGUCAUCACUGCUCUCUCCCAGUGCACCCGCUUCUCUCCCUGACUGCUUUCAGAGCUUCCUCAGGGAGGAGGCGCUGGACUUUUUCUGUAGCCAGUGUCACAAACAAAUAAGUCGUCUCGAGGACCUCUCCACUCGUCUCAAUUUCCUAGAGAUGACUAGUGCUGGCAAGAGGCUGUCCAGCAAGAAAGUCGCAAGACACCUCCUCCAGAACAGCUCGAUGACUCUGGACACCAUGAGCGACUUAACGCGGGACAUCCUGGAGCUCGCUGAUAACGACAUCACAGACAAGGUGCUCCUCCUUGAGCGUCGAGUGGCAGAGCUGGAGAAGGAGUCUGAAGCGUCAGGAGAGCAGCAUGCACGACUGCGCCAGGAGAACCUUCAGCUGGUGCACCGGGCCAACGCUUUGGAGGAGCAGCUGAAGGAGCAGGAGCUCUACGCUGAUGAACAGCUACAGCAGGAGACUCGUCGUCACAAGGAGGCCAUGUCCAAGCUGGAGAGAGAGAGGGGGCUGGAGCUAGAAAACAUGCAGGCCAGGCUGCAGCAGCUGGAUGAGGAGAACAGUGAGCUGAGGUCAUGUGUUCCUUGUCUUCGAGCAAACAUCGAGAGGCUAGAAGAGGAGAAGAGGAAGCUGCAGGAUGAGACCGAGUCAAUGACCGACAGGCUUCAGGACGAGACGGAGUCCCGCAGGAAGAUGGCUGACAAGCUGAGCCAUGAGCGCCACCAGAGCCAAAAGGAGAAGGAGUGCACUCAGGAGCUGAUUGAAGACCUGCGUAAACAACUGGAGCACCUACAGCUGUACAAGUUGGAAGCUGAAGCAAAGAGAGGACGCACGCCUGGUGCAGGGUUACAGGAGUAUCAGACCCGCACACGUGAAGCCGAGUUAGAGCAGGAGAUCAAACGACUCAAACAGGACAACCGUACUCUGAAGGAGCAGAACGACGAAUUAAACGGCCAGAUUAUCAACCUGAGCAUCCAGGGAGCCAAGAAUUUAAUGUCGGCCUCCUUCUCUGACUCCCUGGCAGCUGAGAUCAACUCUGUGUCUCGCGCAGAGCUGAUGGAGGCUAUUCACAAACAGGAGGAGAUCAACUACAGACUCCAGGACUACAUCGACAAAAUCAUUGUGGCCAUCAUGGAGUCCAACCCCUCCAUCCUAGAGGUCAAAUAGACACCAUACAGCCGGAGAGCGACUUCCAGUGACACCACAGGCUGUAAAAUAUAUUCGAGACAUAGUGAUAAGAAAACUACCAAGAGAGGAUGUAAAAAUAUUCAUUUUGGUAGGAAAAAAAACGACGUACUCAACUCCUCCCCAGAAACAGAAAAAUUGAAGAUUUCUAAGAAGUCCAUGGCUGUCAGUGAAAAAUAAGCUGUUUUUUUAGUUGGAUAUCCCUCGAGUCUGUGCUUAUUUGUGAGCGUAUGUGUUUGCCUUCCUGAAAACACUUGGGUUCUGGUGACUUCCAUGUAUUUGGCUAGAGGGACCUGAGUCUCCCCUGUUGAGUGAGUGAAUGUGUAAAUGUUUUGGUCAGUAUCAUAAAGAGUAGAAUAUUUUCCCGUCCCUUCCCAAAAACAAAAGUGUCAACGUUUGAUUGAGCUAAAAAACGAUCAGACAAUUUAUACCUAAAGGCCUUAAAUGAAAGGUGAUCAAAGUAUUCAUUAACGAUGCAUAUACCAUACAUGCCUCAGUUCAGUCGGUCUAGUCUUACUGCUGGUAUGUGGGCUGAGAUCUCCUGCACCGCGCUGAAUCGUGUUUUAAUCACAAAGCCGCAUGAAGCUCUGGUCAGGAGGGAAGUAGUCUUUAACAUUUUUAGAGCUUGCUGUGCCGCCUGCCAAGCCCCGUGUGUUCUGUCCUUUAACCAAGUUCAGCUGUCUUUCCAGUGAACCCGAGCGAGGGACAUUUCUACCGGGCUGCAGAUGAGAAACGCCUGGAGGGUUUCGUUUGUGUGUGCUGUUUGUGUGAGGUGUUCCACAUUCAUCUUUUGCUCUUAAGGUUUUGAAGAAGGUGGGUGAAACUAGGAGGAGUGACAAGAGCGACACAGUGUGAGCUUCGAUGUCCCAAAUGAGGGAACUGCGCGGUUUAUAAUUUGCUUCAUCGUUUAUUUUUACAAUGAAACAGGGUCCUGGAGCUCAGGUGGGCUGGAGGCCUCAAGUGGAAAAGACACUACAUUUCCCAUCAUUCCCUGGCACAAGCAUUACAUAACUCCAACUUAAAUUAUUGACUGGAUAAUGAAAUAACGGCUCAUACUGACUGUAAACUCUCCAAACACUUGAAUUAAGCUUGAAGGGAAACAGACGAGUGAUCCUGGAAGUUGUAGUUUUAUUUUUUUUCACAGUACAACCCACCUGACUCCAGUGUUCUCUUGCUGAGUGAAAGUUGUAGGGAAGCUUCUCCAACAUUUUGGGUUCUUUUUUCUGCACAAGUGAUUUAUUGUCAGUAAAAAUGUUGACUGAAACGCUGACAUUUAACAGCUUGUAUGUGAAGAAUCAAAUGGUUGUAUUUUUGCACUACGUUUUGAUUUCAUUAUUGUUUUUGUUGAUAGAAAAAAAUGUUUAUUGUGAAGGGAUCAAAUCAUAAAUGAAGAUCAUAUCGAAGCCUGUUUGAUGAUAAAAUGUGGGAUUGUAACUACAGACAUACCAGCAGUGUUGGGACUGGUGUGGACUGCAGACGUCCCAUUUAUGAAGAAAAAAAGCACCAUGUUAAUACAAUACAUAUUUAAUUGGAUUUAUUGAAGAACUCAACUGAAUAUACUGCAGCCAUGUCUAAAGAUUAGUUGAAUUCUCAUUUGCAUACUGUAUUUUUUCAGUCAUCAGGAGUUCAGAUGAGCUUCUCGCCGGCUGUCUGCCAGUUGUAUCUUGACCUGAUCUGCAUAUAUCAUUGAGGAGUCAUGGCAGACCUUGGUAGCAAUAAUGCUUGGCAAGAAAGUGGACAUUGGUGGAGGGCAGAUUUAUAAAGAACUGCUCUGUAUUUCCUCUGCUGAAGCAAUUUCUGCUUUUUGCUGUAAAUCACAAGUACAGCAAGAAGACGUAUGGACUGAUUGUGUGCUUAAUCGGUACUGUGCAGCCAUCUUUCAAUACUUCUGGACGUUUCUUUUCGACCUGGAUAAUGGACAUUUGCAUUGGAUUUACACGCCAGGCAUCUCGAUGGAUUUCUAUCGCCGGAGUUGGGGAGGUUAUUUUUGUCCAAACAGCAUGGCGUUCUGCACCCAUAUCCUCAGAAGAAUUCCUAUUUUUCACCCAGUUCACCUCCAAAUCUCACUGCUCUUCUUCACCUGCCACUCCGCAGAAAAAAUGGCCUUGGAUGUAAAUGACUUGUACAUGUAAAAUUUUUUCUACACUCACUCUAGAUUCUAGGUAUUUUUAUAGUGGGAAAAGAAAGGAGCAUUUCUUUUUCUCGUCUUAUGCUGAGAGACAGCUGCCUGUAUUCUUCUCUAGCAUGUAGCGUGUACAGUAUCUGUUGGAUUAUUUUUUUUUCGUUUUCUCUCGUUUUAAAUCACAUGCAGAUAUUUAUUCGACUCAACUCCGUGAUCUGUUCUGCUGAAAAUAUGUUUGUACAUUUUUGAAUUCACGAGGGGAAAUUUAAUUUGCAGCGGAUGAAUUUGUGGGAGAAUUUAUUGAUUUAAGGGAAAGUUUUUAAACAAAAAGCUAUAUCGUCUUUUGGGGUGAGUCGCCGUCGUGCGCAAAAAGCUUGAAUGUGACCUGGUCGUUUGUUGAGGUCUGUGCACUCUUCCAAUAACGCUGAUGUUGCUUCGACCUCUUCGGGGUAGUGAUUUAGAUAUGGCAGAGUGCGCAGUUUCUGCUGUUGUCUUCCCAGAUGGAGUCAGGUACUGCAUGGAAACACAGAUUUCUUAUUGUAUAUUUCUGAUUCACUUAUUUGACUGACAAAUCAUACGCUAUAACAUCCGUCAGUGGAGUUGUAGGUUGUGAGACCUCGUAAUGACACCUGAAACCUCAUAUCCAGGCUUGCUGAGUUCAGCUUUUUGCCUUUUAGUGUGACUGGAGGUUUUCCCAGCAGAUUUAUUUCUCUUUAACAAUGAAUCAUUUAUGCUAAACAGCGGUAACAGGAUGACACCGGCGGGCUUUUACUACACUUAAUUCUCUCCUCGAUUCAUAUUUUAUCGUCUGUUUCUGACAGAUAGUUUGAGGAUUGGCAACAGUAUGAUUAGACAGUGAGACCACAGAGCUGAUAAAACGUUUGCACUUUAACCGGAUCUAAUUUCUCCAUUUUAACACCUGUUUUUAAAAUGACCAAAGAUAGAUGUCUGGACUGAUCACUUUAUCUAUCAGGGUUCGUGAUCCCACUUUUUGGUAACAUUUGCCUCUUCUUACAAAUCACAAAUCAACAGCUUGUCCUGGAAGAAAGAAUAAGAACUGGCCUGCUAGUCUAAACACUGUGCCUCUGUGUCUCAAACUUUGCCUCUAUACUAACCUGAUAUUGAGCCCUGGGAAAAGCACUGACCACCUGACUGUCAGUUUGUUAAAUUAUAUUGAUGAAACCUAAACUGUAAAUAUGAAUUGUCAUUUUUGUGGACUUUAUUCUUUUCUUUUCCUCUCACGCUCACUUCCAGUGUCCAAAGAAAGUUUGCUCAAGGCACAAACAUCACUACUGAAGUAGUGCAUGGCUUGCCAUUACGUGACAUGGGAAGAUUAAAAAGAGAAUAUUGUAGAAAAGAGAAACUGUAAAACUUAAAUUUAUUCCUAUUUUCAAAGAUAAAUGUAUAAAUUAUAACAGUAUUGGUUACAGCUGUAUAUUAUUUUUGAAGAUCCCCAAAAUGAUCCAAUCCUAAUUGUUACUGGGGAAAUAUAAUUUCAGUCAUUGUAAAAAGAGAAAAUUUAAAGGUAAGCAGUGAAAGUAAGAUUAGAAAAAUAAAUGGAAUAAAAGAA